AUGGAUUCUCAUCAACCAGUGCAUGAUGAUCUACAGAGAGUCAAAGACCAGCACAAGACCAGCAUGAAGAACAAGUAUGAGAGCUUAUUUGAGGGAGUCAAACUACAAGAGAAUCAAACCCUCCUGAACAGGAUUUACACACAGCUGUACAUCAUAGAGGGAGAGAGUGAAGGAGUGAAUGAAGAAAUGGUGCUACAGAUGGAGAAAAGUUACAGGACACUCCAAGACACUCCAAUUAACUGCAAUGACAUCUUUAACCCUUUACCUGAACCAGGAUAUGAGGAGAUGAGGAGAGAGAGUAAAGACGAAAUAAAGACUGUUCUUACUAAAGGCAUCGCUGGAAUUGGAAAAACCAUCUCUGUGCAGAAGUUCAUUCUGGACUGGGCCGAGGGAAAAGCCAAUCAGGAUGUAGAUUUCAUGUUUGUGCUUACAUUUAGAGAGCUGAACUUGAAAGAUCAUCAGUACAGUCUUCACAGAUUUCUGCUUGAUUUUUAUCCUGUGCUUCAAGAUCUGGACUCAAAGAUUUAUGAUGAAUGUAAAGUUGUGUUCAUCUUUGAUGGUCUGGAUGAAAGCAGAAUUUCACUGAUGUUUUCAGACAGUCAGAAAGUUUCUGAUGUGACUGAGAUUUCAUCAGUGGGUGUGUUGAUGUCAAACCUCCUGAAAGGAGAUCUGCUUCCCUUUGCUCUCAUCUGGAUCACCACCAGACCAGCAGCAGCCAAUCAGAUCCCUCUAACUACAUCAACCGUGGUGACAGAGAUUCAGGGAUUCAAUGACCCUCAGAAGGAGGAAUACUUCAGGAAGAGAAUCAGUGACGAGCAUCAAGCCAGCAGAAUCAUCUCACACAUCAGAAGAGCAAGAAGCCUCCACAUCAUGUGUCACAUACCCGUCUUCUGCUGGAUCUCAGCCACUGUGCUUCAAAACAUCCUGAAACAAGAUCUCAGUGCAGAAAUCCCUCAAACUCUGACUGAAAUGUACAUCUACUUCCUGCUCAUUCAAACAAAUAUGAGGAACCAGAAGUAUGAAGAGAGAGAUCCAGAGAAACUCCUGCAGUCCAACAGAGAAGUGAUUGUGAAACUUGCUGAACUGGCUUUCAAUCAGCUGAUGAAGGGCAAUGUGAUGUUUUAUGAGGAGGACCUGAGAGAGAGCGGUAUAGACGUCACUGAUGCCUCAGUGUAUUCUGGGAUCUGCACUGAGAUCUUUAGGGAGGAAUCUGUGAUUUAUCAGAGAAAGGUUUACAGCUUUGUACAUCUGAGCUUUCAGGAGUAUUUUGCAGCACUGUAUGUGUUUUACUGCUAUUUACACAAAAACAGUGAGGUUCUGAAAAUGUUCCUGACAGGAAAAUCCAGAACUCAGUGUGAGAAUGUUCCUCUGGAUGUGUUUCUGAAAGGAGCAAUGAAUAAAUCCUUAAAGAGUAAAAAUGGUCACCUGGAUCUCUUCCUUCGAUUUCUUCAUGGCGUCUCACUGGAGUCCAAUCAGAGACUCUUACAGGAUGUACUGAUACACACAGAGAACAACCCAGAGAGCAUCAAGAAAAUAACCCAAAACCUCAAACGAGGUCAAAAAAACAACGUCAGUCCUGACAGAUGGAUAAAUCUGUCACACUGCUUGAUUGAGAUGAAGGAUAACUCAGUUGUUGAAGAAAUGCAGGCAUUUUUAAAGCCUGAAACAAAAAAAAACAGUCUUAUUACACUUGCACAAUGUUCAACUUUAGCAAACAUAAUCCUGAUGAGAGAGGUGCUGGAUGAGUUUGAUCUUAAAAAAAUCACCUCUAAUUCAAAAGAUGGGAGACGGAGACUGUUACCUGCUGUGAGGAACUGCAGAAAAGCUCUAUUGACAGGCUGUGAUCUCACUUACCAACACUGUGAAAUUGUGGCUUCAGUUUUACAAUCAUCAAACUCCCUGAGAGAGCUGGACCUGAGUAACAAUGAGCUGCAGGAUUCAGGAGUGGAGCUGCUCUGUGCUGGACUGAAGAGUUCAAACUGUCAACUCAACAUACUGAGAUUAGCUAAAUGCAAACUCACUGAUAAGUGCUGUAAAACUGUAGCUUCAGUUUUACAAUCAUCAAACUCUCUGAGAGAGCUGGACCUGAGUAACAAUCAUCUGCAGGAUUCAGGAGUGGAGCUGCUCUGUGCUGGACUGAAGAGUUCAAACUGUCAACUCAACAUACUGAGAUUGGCUGACUGCAAACUCACUGAUCAGUGCUGUGAAACUGUUGGUUCUGUUUUACAAUCAUCAAACUUUCUGAGAGAGCUGGACCUGAAUAACAAUGAGCUACAGGAUUCAGGAGUGGAGCUGCUCUCUGCUGGACUGAAGAGUUCAAACUGUCAACUCAACAUACUGAGAUUAUCCCAGUGUUUGGUGACAGCAGAAGGUUGUGCUGCUCUGGCAUCAGCUCUGAGUUCAAACCCCUCACACCUGAGAGAGCUGGAUCUGAGCUACAAUCACCCCGGAGAUUCAGGAGUGAAGCUGCUCAGGAGCUGCCACCUGGAAAAACUCAAACAGAAGCUCAGCUUCUCUAUGAUGAUUGGAUGAGCUUUCAAAUGGAAAGUAAUUUACAACAAACAGUGAUAAUUGUUUAAUUUAGGGCUUGAAAUGAACAUCCUCCAUGAUACCAAUGAAGAUCUUAGUCAUUUCUGCUUCUCUGAUGUAGGGAUGCAACGAUUAUAGAUUUUGUUGGUACGAUUAUAGUCUAAAGAAUAAUUACAGUUUCACAAUUAUUAUGCAUUCAUUAAUUUCACAACACUACUAAUGUAUAAAAUCGCAUUAACACUCUUUAGAUUUUAAAGUGUUAUUUAUUGCUGUCUUUUGAAACAGAAAUAACACAGUAACCAAAUAAUGCAACACAAAAAUAAUAAUAAAGGCAAACAAUAGUCCAUUGCUCCCUUUGGAUAAAAAAGUGACCUUUGCUCUGUAAACAUUCAUGUCAGUAUUUCCCUUUUGAAAAUAACAAAUGGAAAUAGAUCACAAAAGUAUUUAAUGGUUUCAGUUUGUGCAAUCUUACUACAUUUUUUUUUUUUUGGACCUUAGUUAGAAAACUUGGAAACAUGGUGAAAUAAAUAUUGUUGGUUUUUGACUUAUAAAUGAUACUAUAACAGGAAUAAUAAAUCACAGUGUUAAUUAAGUGUUAUUAUUAAUAUAAGACUAAUAUUAACUUUAUUUAUCCCCCAGUGGAAACUGUUAGUAAUGAUGGGAAUUAAAUGAACUGUAAUUGUCAUCAACUGUCAUCCAUAUGUAUUCAUUUUAAUAAUCUUUAUAAUAAUUCAAAUGAAUUUACAUGUGGUCU